AGCGAGGAGGACUACAUCUCAUAUGCUGGUAGAGUUAAGGGGGAAUGUGGAAAGUUCAAGCUGGAUGAAUUAACGCCAGACAUGUUCAAGUGAGAACAAGUAUUCUUGCUAAGCUGGAACAAAACCAAGAUGUAACCUUACAAGUGUCAGAAGGCGAAAGGAUAGCAAAUUUAAGACACGACACAAAGAAAGUUGAACAUAAAAAUUGCUCCUAAAUGAAACAAGUGCGACAUAGGCUGAAUAGAAAUCAAGAGUGUUCUAAGAUACAGUAUAAACAGGACAAGAAUAAAGAGACAAACCCAGGUUUUGAAUGUGGAUGUCUACACCUCAGAAAAAAAAAAAAACUGACCAUUAAGAAAGCGAAUGCUUUCGUUGUGGAAUAAUUGGACACAUAUAAUCGCAUUGUAAAACCAAGAUGACAAACGUUGGAACAAAGGAAAAAGAAUAAGCAAUAUGUCGUCGAAAGAAAAUGGUUUGGAAGAAGAACCUUUUCAUAUUUCAAGAAACUCGGUAUUUCUGGUCCCCCGCCAGUUUCUCACUUAGGAAACUUGAUAGAAGUCCAGAGAAAGGGAUUCACUUCUGUGUUCAGAUACUGGCGAGAAAUUUAUGGUGAUGUAUACGGGAUGUUUCUUGGAGUAAACCCAACUAUUAUUAUAUCCGAUCCAGAAUUCAUCCAAGAAGUUUUAAUUAAAAAAUUUUCAAAUUUUACCAAUCGAACUCCGUUUAUAGCAGAUGAAAUCGGUAAUCUUUCAGUUGCAGCGGCCAAAGAUGAUCAUUGGAAAUAUCUACGAACUGUAUUGGCUCCUUUUUAUAGCUCUCAUCAAAUGAGAGCGAUGAACACAAUGAUCCAAACAUGUGCUGACACGUUGAUGGAAAACAUAGGGAAGAUGGCAGAAAGUGGAACAGGCAAAGAAAUUAAAAAAUUGUUCUCAGCCUAUACGAUGGAUGUCAUAGCUGCCACAGGAUUUGGGAUUAUGGUGGACUCACAGAAGGAUCCAAAUCAUGCACUAGUUGAAAAGGCCAGAGAUAUAUUCAGAUUUAGUGUCUUCAAUCCAGCUCUCUUGUUUUCGCUUGUUUUGCCAUCUGCAAUAAAAUUCAUAGAAAAAUCUGGAUUAUCAAGAACUGUUUUGGGAAACCAAAUAUAUUUCAGGAAGUUUUGCAAACAACUGAUACAACAACGAAAAGAAACAGGAAUUAAUGAGAAUAUGCAUAACAACCUUUUAAAUCUUAUGAUAAAGGCUCAGUUGAAGGGGCAUGAGAAAUUGGACCCAGAAGAGGAGAAGGAACUUCAUUUGGAAAAUAUAACUGACUGGCGAACAAAGAGAGGAAUUACCGACGAUGAAAUCUUGGCCCAGAGUGUUGUAAUUUUCUUAGCUGGUUACGAAACUACUGCGUCUACUCUCACAUUCUUCACGCAUUUAAUGGCAACUAACCCUGAAAAUCAGCAAAAAUUGUACGAAGAGAUUGUAGAAGUAUUGGGAGAGGAUCUUCCCGAUUAUGACAAUGUUCAGAAGUUACCUUACCUCGACAUGUGCAUGGAUGAAACACUUAGGAUGUACCCGAUUGGAACUUCAUUGGAUCGUCAGUGCAAUAAAGCAUGCACAAUAAAAGGUAUAACAAUUCCUGAAAAAUUGAGCGUCAGAAUUGCUGUGGAUGCUCUACAUUAUGACCCAAAAUACUAUCCGGAACCGGAGAAAUUUAUUCCAGAAAGAUUUAGUGAAGAAGCAAAAUCCAAGCAAAUACCGUUUGCCUACUUACCAUUUGGUGGAGGACCAAGAAUUUGUCUUGGAAUGAGAUUGGCCAAGCUGGAGUUCAAGGUAGCAGCUGUCCAAAUGAUUCGGAAUUUCAAAAUACUUCCCACAGAAAAAACAGAAAACCCUCUUAUAUUGGACGACACUGUCUUAUUGGCUGCUAAAAACGGUGUUUGGGUGAAGUUUGAACGAAGAUAAAAGGUUUAAUGUGCAUCUGUAUCAAAUCAUACUUGUAAAAUUCCAUGUGAAUUAAUGAAUAAAAGAACAAACGAAAAAUAUAGGAAAUGUAGCACAGAAAGUGUUUAGAGACCAUUGUACCAGUAUAAAAUCUACAUAAAUGUAUUUUUAUUAAAGAUAUUUCCGUUUCUUUUCUAUCAUCUUUUUUUCUGAUUAAAACUUUGAAAAACUUUGUAA